CUUUUCUCUGUUUCCGUCCGCCUCGUGCACUAUUGUGGUGGACUGGAAGCCUUUUUCACCUCUAUAUUUCAUUCUAUUAUGCGCAAGAGGGGGGGGGGGUUUCGUAUCCAGGACACCCAGUUUGAAUUCCAAUUUCCCCUUCGCCGCUGACAUUUUUUAGUUCGUGUUUAUGGUUCCCAACUCCCCAAUCGACCUGGGUCGCCCUCAAAAUCGAACAUUUUGACCGCCCAACAGGCGAAUUCGGGAAAGGCAUGGUUUCUUUGAUGGGUUCGGUGUUGUUCCCGCUGAAUGUGUGGAAAAAUUCUCAUCGGUCUUCUAGAUUCUUAGUUUGCGAUAGAAGGAUCCGAACUAGGAAUAUGAUCGUUUGUGCUUGUGUGGCGCCGCCCCGGAACUUGAGGGAGGCCGACGCAUUUUCAUCCUCCAAAUUCAAUGAUUCAUGUAAUCUGGAGAAUGUGAAUACAGUUCAGGAAAUUGGGGAUGAAUCUGAUGUCCUAAUUGAAUGUAGAGAUGUCUACAAAUCAUUUGGGGAGAAGCACAUUCUCAGAGGUGUGAGCUUCAAGAUUAGGCAUGGGGAAGCUGUUGGAAUAAUUGGGCCUUCUGGCACUGGGAAAUCCACUAUUUUGAAAAUUAUGGCUGGCCUUCUUGCGCCAGACAAGGGGGAAGUUUUCAUCCGAGGAAGGAGGAGACAGGGUUUAAUCAGUGAUGAGGAAAUAUCGGGCCUUCGAAUUGGCUUGGUGUUCCAGAGUGCAGCACUUUUUGAUUCUUUAACUGUUCGUGAGAAUGUUGGUUUCAACUUGUAUGAGAACUCUAGCAUGUCUGAAGAUCAAAUUGAUUCCCGAGUGACUGACACUUUGGCUGCUGUUGGAUUGAAGGGAGUUGAGGAUAGACUACCUUCUGAGUUGUCAGGAGGAAUGAAAAAAAGAGUUGCAUUAGCUCGAUCCAUAAUAUUUGACACCACAAAGGAUGCGAUUGAGCCAGAGGUUCUGUUGUACGAUGAACCGACAGCAGGACUUGAUCCAAUUGCAUCGACUGUAGUUGAAGAUCUCAUCCGUUCUGUUCAUUUGAAAGGUGAAGAUGCAAGUGGGAAGUCUGGAAAUGUUGCAUCGUAUGUUGUUGUGACUCACCAGCAUAGUACGAUUAGAAGAGCUGUUGACAGGUUGUUAUUUCUUCACGACGGAAAGGUUGUAUGGCAGGGAAUGACCCAUGAGUUCACCUCAUCAACAAAUCCAAUAGUUCGGCAGUUUGCUUCUGGCAGCUUGGAUGGACCAAUCAAAUAUUAGCAUAUAUACUACUCCCAUGGCAUUUUUGACUCGCUGAAUAUUUUCCAAACCAGCCAGUUAAACCAUGAAACUUGGUCUUUCCCGUGUUAACUGACCGAUCUUGAAGAUGAUGGAUAAACAUCUUGGUCCCAAAGAGACUGCAGCAUUGCUUUGACAUUGCAGCUGCCAAUUCUUUCAUGGGGCAUAACUGCAGGCAAAUACAUCUCGCCCUUUUCCCAUAGCCAGUAAUCCUUAUAGUUAGUUAGCCAUGUAAUGGUAAUGUCAUUGGGGCCUCUGCUCAGCCCCCCAUUACAUGAGAAAAAAGCAUUUUCAAUUGUAAUCUUGUAUAACUAACUCAUUGCUGCAGUGUUUAUUUCCUCCUGAUUAACGUUUCAUAUGCUUGAGUUGUAUUGGAAAGAAUUGAAUUAGAAAUGAACUAUCAACUCUUUAUCCAGC